AUGGGCAAUGCCGAAUCGUCUCAAUCGACCGAACGCGGUGGUAUCGGCGGUUUUAAUGUUCAAUCUUCAUUUCGUAGACAGUCGCCUAAUGUUGCGCGUUUAAUACGUGGUGAAAAUUCGCAAAAAAUGGAAUAUGAAUUUCCCAUAUCAGACGUUAAUACGACGAAUUUAGGACGUUAUUCACAUCGUAGUGGAGAAACUAAUAAUCAUAUGAUAAUAAGCGGAAAAACUAAUCGUCAAAUAUCUGAACGGCAAAUAAAUCGUAAUGAUAAUCUUUUAUCAAAAAGCAAGACUUCUUCAAAUGAAACACCUAGUUUAUGGUUAUCAUUAACAAGUUGUUUCGGUUGUCGUACACGGGAUUCAAGAUCUUCAACUAUGAAUCCAUUACGUGAUAAAGUACAUGCAAUACGUAUCGUUCGAGCAUCAAACGAUUUAACACCAGCUGUAUUCGAUUCACAUUACAAUAUUAUAACACUUGAGCAAUUACGUGAAUGUGAAAAUAAUGGAGCUGGAGCCCUAGGCAAUACAUAUGAUCCAACAAAUCCUAAUGCUAUUGAAGCAUCUCAUAAUGGUAAUGGAACAAUAUCAGCAACAAAAAAGGAAAGCAGUUGCCGAACGAGAAAAAAGAAGAAAAAACGAGCAGCUGCUGCUGCCUAUGCUGCUCGAACAAUGCCUCCAGAAGAUGAUGACACAUAUGAAACGACGCAAGACAAAGGCAAAUGA